UUCCCAGUUAUACUGCCAGACACAACUCAGAAACAUCCCAAUGUCUCUUUUCCUUUCCAGAUAACCUGCGCAGAACAAAGAGCGACUAUGGGCAAUAUAGCUCCAAAGGAUUAUGUACAGACAGAAUUUGAAGACUCAAAGAGAGAUUUGAAUGAAGGCAGUAUCCCCAAAGUGGCGGCUGAAUAUCAAGAACAUUUAAGUAAAAUGCAAAAUCUGCCACUUCAUAUUGCAGUUACUGGAAAGGCAGGUGCUGGUAAAUCAUCCUUUGUCAACGCCUUCCGGGGUAUAAAUGAUAACGAGGAGGAGGCAGCCGAGGUCGGGCUAGCAGAAGAAAUGACAAAGCCAACGGCAUAUCCUCACCCCUCUUUUCCGAAUAUAAAAAUAUGGGACCUACCAGGGAUCGGAACGUGUAAUUCUGAGGCAGCGGAAUAUCUGGAGAAGGUCCAGUUUGAAAGAUAUGAUGUCUUUAUCAUUGUCACCGCUGACCGCUUCACUGAAAACGAUGCUUUGCUGGCAAAGGAAAUACGAAGAAUGAGAAAGAAGUUUUACUACGUGCGUACCAAAGUAGAUGUCAGCAUCGAAGCUGAAAGGAGGAGAAGGAAUUUCAAUAUGGAGGAAACCCUGGAGACCAUGAGGAAAUAUUGUGAAGAUAAUUUGAAAGCGGAAGGCAAGCUUUCUGCCAGAGUAUUUCUGAUAUCCAACCGGCAGAUACACAUGUAUGAUUUCCCUCUCCUGCAAGAGACAAUGGCCGCUGAACUUCCUGACCACAAGAAGCAUAUUUUAACACUGGCUGUGCAGAUUUUCUCAGAAGAGAAUUUGAUGGUGAAAAAAGCUCAAAUGAGAUCAUAUAUAAGGAAGUUGGCAUGGGUAUCUUGUGCUUGUGGAGCACUGCCUGUUCCAGGUCUCUCUAUUGCUUGUGAUGUUGCCAUCUUGCUGAGUGCCCGGAAAUGUUUCCGCAAGGUAUUCGGCUUAGACGAGAGGUCCCUCUGUUUUCUGUCACUUCAGACAGGAAAAGAUUUUACAGAGCUGAGGUCAGCUAUCCAGAAAACCCGAUUAGCCGAUACAAUCAAUGCACGUUUGGUACUUUCUCUCCUGACGAAGUCUGGCCUUUGGGUAAUGGUGUCGUCUGUGAAAAUUCUGGGGACUCUCUUUGGCGGAGCGAGUUCAUUUGCUACCACGUAUUAUUUUCUGAACAACUUUCUUGAGAAAUCUGUGGAAGAUGCCCGAAAUGUUCCAGCAAAGCUUCUUAAGUGAUCAGAGCCCCAGCGAAGAUUGAAGGCACAACCUAUCAACAGCCAAGCAUUUCAUCCAGAUCAGAGCAGGGGGUGGGGAAGAAUAAUAUCUUUCAAUGCCUUAUUAGAAUUCCUUGCUCCAAGUAGCUGUUUUCUUUCUUCUCUUAAUAAUUCUCCGAUCGAAGAAUCUGCUUGAUCAUCAAAAGGGCAAAUAUGUAUCUCUGCUUGCAGAUGUUUCCAUGGGAAGUCAGAAAUUAAAUCUUUAUCUAUUUUAUUUUGAGGGAUGCUUUUCGCUUUUUUAUUUGUAAGAAUUAUAAAUAAUAAAGUAGUGGUGUUUUUGCUAUUAAGCUCAAAAAUACAUGUUUCUUUUUUUAGGUAUAAUUUAAAAAACUCAAUGUACUCUGCUUGUUAUGUGUUACUAAUGUUAUACUGAGCAUUAUUUGUAUAACUUCAGUAAUUAUCUGUCC